CACUGUCUGACUGUCACUUUCGUUUCGGUUUUUCGUUUCGGGUUUGCCGGCGAACAAAACGAAGUCAAAAAAAACAACGGUGUUCUUCUGUUCUGCCGUUUAAACUCAUUUCAUAUACUUUCUGUUGUUACUAAAAUAUACGUACACGUAAAUAUGGCACCGCGUACUGCAAAAUCAAAGAAAACUACUGAAGCAAAAGUAGUAGAAGACAUAACUGAGAGCAAUGGCCAUUCAGAGGAGAUUACAACUAAUGGAAAAGCUAAAAAAGUAAAAAAAGAUGUCCCAGAAAAAAUAGCUCAGCCUAAAAGUGGGCGAGGAAAGAAAGCUACAAAAGUUGAGGAGACAGAGGAAGCAGAAGAUAUUGAUGUCCCUGAAGAGAAGCCAAAGCCAGCAGCUAAGGGAAGAGCACGAAAAGCACAGCCUAAGAAAGAAACAGAUCAAAAGAAUGGUGAUGCUGAAGAUGAAGUUAUAGAUCUACCAGUAACCAAGGGCAGAAAAAAGGCUGCUCCUAAAGUUGUGGAAGAAAAUGUUCCAGAAAUUGAUACAAAUAAUGGAGGCGAGGAGAAUAAUGUACCUACAACUUUUACUAAAGGACGAAAGAAAGCUGCCCCUAAGAAAAUAGAUGAAAAGGUUCCAGAAAUUGAAACAAAUAAUGUAGAUGAGGAGAAUGAUGUACCUGCAACUCUUACUAAAGGACGGAAGAAAGCUGCCCCAAAGGUAAUAAAAGAAAAGGUUCCAGUUGUAGAAACUAAUAAUGUUGAUGAAGAGAAUGAUGUAUCUGAAGAAAUGCCUGCAGAGGAAAAAGUAGAGAAACCAAAAAAAGGAGCAAAGGGUAAAAAAAAGCCAACCAAGAAAGCUCAGACUAUAUCUGAAAAGGAAGAUGAGGAUGAUGCAGAGAAAGAAGAACCAGCUUCAAAGAAGAAAAAGUCUGCAAAGAAAGAAGAAAAUGGACAAGGAGAUGCAGAAGUUGAAGAAGAAGUAACAGAAGAGCCAGUAAAACCAAAGGCAGCUAAAGGUAAAAGAGGCCCAAAGAAGACAGCAGAGGCUCCAGCCAUGCCCGAGGACGAGGCCGAAGACACUGGAGAACCAACAACCAAGCGUCGGCGCAAAGUAGCUGAGGAAAAGGCACCUGUUGAAGACAGCAAAAGUAAAGCACCUUUGAAAAACAAAGCAUCUACUAACUAUGACGAAUUAGAUUUCACAAACGUCUCCAAAAACUCGAAAGGCAAAGAAUGGAAUUUUAAAAUAGCCAGUUGGAAUGUGGAUGGAAUUAGAGCAUGGAUGACUAAAGGGGGCUUGGACUACGUUAAAUAUGAAAAGCCGGACAUUCUGUGUAUGCAAGAGGUGAAAUGUUCCAAGGAGAAACUGCCAGCUGAGGUGGAGAAUCUACCAGGAUAUCACGCCUACUGGCUUUGUAGUGAUAAAGAUGGAUACGCUGGGGUAGGUAUCUACACCACGAAGUUAGCGAUGAAUGUCCAGUACGGUCUGCAAAACAAGGAAUUAGACAGUGAAGGGCGUAUCAUCACAGCCGAGUAUGAGGAGUUCUAUCUCAUCUGCACCUACGUGCCCAACGCCGGCCGAGGUCUAGUCACAUUACCUAAAAGACUGCAAUGGAAUGAGGAAUUCCGAAACCACGUUAAAGAAUUGGACAAGAAAAAACCUGUGAUAAUAUGUGGCGAUAUGAAUGUGGCACACGAAGAAAUAGAUUUAGCGAAUCCCAAGACUAAUAAAAAAAACGCGGGAUUCACGGAGGAGGAGCGAGCCGGCAUGACUGAGCUGCUAGGGGACGGGUUCGUCGACACCUACAGGAACUUGAACCCCGACAAGACGGGAGCUUACACUUUCUGGACUUACAUGAAGAACAGCAGAUCUAAAAAUGUUGGAUGGCGACUAGACUACUUCAUAGUGUCCGAGAGACUAAUCCCCUCAAUCUGCGACAGUGUCAUCAGAAGCGAAGUGUUCGGGAGCGACCACUGCCCAAUAUCCUUGUUCCUACACCUGACCAGUGCUGAGAAGCCAAAAGAUGAACAGUAAAGUUAUUCAGUAGGGAAACUGAAUACAGAAUCAUCACAAUUUUUUAUAUCAUCUUUAUAAUUUGUGAUUAAUAUUGUUUUUUUGAAAUAAAAAUGUUACUUACAAU